GGAAUUGAUUUCGUCAUACAUGAUUACCCAGUGGCGGGUGUCACGAUGGCCCCCGAAAGACAAACACGUGGAGUACGGAAUCAUAGUGGCGAGAAAGAGUAAGGAGGGGUGAGAAGGGGAGGAAAGGAAGAGAGGAAGAGAAAGAGAGAGGGUAAGGACUGCUUUCACCGCUGUUGCUGCGGUGAUGAUAAGCGUCGAUGGUCGGGAUCGUAACGUUGAACUUCUCUGGUAAUCUCGCUAGCAACGACGACAGUAACGAUGACAGCAGUAGUAGCGAUAGUAGCGGCGUCAACAAAGACGACAAUGAUGACGCUGAUGACGACGACAACGGUAACAAUGUCUACCAUGAACGGCGCUCGCACCGGACUAGGGAGAAGAAUUUAUGAAAGAAAACAACGAUGGGACGCGACACCGGCGACAGCGGGCGGCCACGAGACCUCAACGCAACCAGAAAA